AGACCCAUAUGUUGCAUUUAUUUCCCAAACAUUUAACCCCGCUUGUGGGGGUGUGGACGGCGAAUCUGGGGCUGGUUUCUGGCAGAAAGGUGUCCGCCGCAAUGGCGGAGCCCGGGUCCUCCCCACGUCACCAAGCCAUGCUCGCCCUUCCCAAGGCAGACCCCCCUCCCUUCCAUCCCCCUCGCAGAAGUGCAAGCUCUGUCACUUAUAUCCAUCCACCAUCUUUCCCCCCGUGAAACUCUAGCUCGGUUUCCUUCCGGAUGCGAUUGUGUUUCCAGCCCAUAGUCCCUGUCCUGCUGCCCCAUGCCAGAGCCGAGGCCGAGAACCGGAAAAGAUGGUGGCGAGCGCUCGGGUGCAGAAGCUGCUCUGGCGGUACAAGCCGGCGAUCGUGGCGGCCCUGGUCGUCCUCCUCGUUCAGGGGCUUGUGGUGUGGAGCCUGAGGAGCCUUGAAGAAGGAGAGGUGGAAAAGAAGCACAGAAGGUCGAAGCUGCCUGACAACAACAGCCACGAUUCCAGGCGGGCUACUUCCGUAUGGGAGGGACAGCAUGGGGCACUGGGGAGAAAUCGCAGCCGCUGGAGGGUCGGAAGGGACCGGCUCGGGGGCGCGGCAUCCCGGGCCCCGAUUCAGGAGCCAGAGCAGCACAAAAGGGCCGGCAGGAGACGCGGAGGUACAGCAGAGGGGGUGCCCUCCAGCAGCCGCAACUUUACAGAGCAGAAGGCGGAGGAGGGGAUGGGGCCCGUCCUGCCGGCCCAGCAGGGUGACGUCGGCAGUGUGGGGGGCGCCCCUCCGGCCCUCAGCAGUGACUUUGUGCCCAAGUGCGACAUAGUGGGCAAGGACGCGCUGUCUGCCCUGCACCGUGCCAGCUCCCGCCAGUGCAGGCAGGAGAUCGCCAACGUCGUGUGCCAGCAUCAUGACGGAAAGCUGAUGCCGCAGUCGUUCCCACAGUUCUGCCCGCAGCAACACGGUCUGCCCAGUCCCGUGCUUCAGAGCAAUGACCUGGACGACGGACAGGACAAGGUGGAUAAUCCGGUGCGUGUGGCGUUCAUGCUGGUGGUCCACGGCCGUGCCAUCCGGCAGCUCAAGCGCCUCAUCAAAGCCAUAUAUCACCGGGAGCACUUCUACUACAUACACGUGGACAAGCGCUCCAACUACCUGCACCGUGAGGUGCUGCUGAUCGCCGAGCGCUACCCAAACGUGCGUGUCACGCCCUGGCGGAUGGUGACCAUCUGGGGCGGGGCCAGUCUGCUCAAGACGUACCUGCGCAGCAUGCAGGACCUGCUGGCCAUGAGAGAGUGGAAGUGGGACUUCUUCAUCAAUCUGAGUGCCACAGACUUCCCCACCAGGACCAAUGAGGAACUGGUGGCUUUUCUCUCUCAGAAUAGAGACAAGAAUUUCCUCAAGUCUCACGGAAGGGAAAACACAAGGUUCAUCAAGAAGCAAGGCUUGGACCGCCUCUUCCACGAGUGCGACUCCCACAUGUGGCGGCUUGGAGACAGAGUGAUACCAGAGGGCCUGGAAGUCUCAGGUGGCUCCGACUGGUUUUCCCUUACACGCCGUUUCGUGGAGUACGUCAUCAACUCCCAGGACGCGCUGGUAUCAGGCCUGAAGCAGUUCUACAGCUACACCUUACUCCCGGCUGAGUCAUUCUUCCACACGGUCCUGGGCAACAGUCACAUGUGUGACACGCUUAUCGACAACAACCUUCGCGUCACCAACUGGAACCGCAAACUGGGCUGCAAGUGCCAGUACAAGCACAUCGUGGACUGGUGCGGCUGCUCGCCCAACGACUUCAAGCCCUCGGACCUGAUCAGGAUCCAGCAACUGAGUCGCCCGACUUUCUUUGCCCGCAAAUUUGAGUCGACGGUGAAUCAGGAGGCAAUAGACAUACUGGACGCCCAUCUGUACGGGCAUUACGCCCCCGGCACGCCGGCGCUCAAAGCCUACUGGGAGAGCGUCUUCGAGGAGGCAGAUGGCCUCGGUGCACUGAGCGACGUGGCCCUCACCUCCUACUCCUCGUUUUUUCGCUUGGGCCUCCGCAGCCUAGAGGCCACCCACGGAGGCAGCAAAGCCUGCCGGUAUGAACCUCUCAGCCAUCCCAUAUCUGUGCAGCUGUACUUCUACGAUGACCGUUUCCAGGGCUACCUGGUCAGACAGGAAGUGCAGAAUGUCGUCAUGAGAACGAAGGAGGUUCUGGAGAUCUGGGCCGUGCCCCAGAGCACCCUGCAGCUGGAAAGCAACCUACAGGAGUUUGAGAGGCUUAAGAACCUGGAGGUAGGGACACGGUGGGACCCCAAGGAGAGGAUUUUCCGCAAUUUUGGGGGGGUUCUGGGCCCCCUAGACGAGCCUGUGGCAGUCCAGAAGUGGGCGAGGGGACCCAACCUGACGGCCACUAUAGUCUGGAUCGAUCCGACCCAGGUGGUGGCAGCUUCCUAUGACAUCAGCGUGGACGUCGAUGCAGAAUUCACGCAGUACAAGCCACCUUUACAGCGGCCCCUCCGCCCCGGGGCCUGGACAGUGAGGGUCCUUCGCCUGUGGGAGCGCAUGGCUGAGAUCCAGUUCCUGGUAAUGCCCUUGGCAUUUAAAGGAGGGCGGCCAUUACAGAAAGAAGAGGACAGCUGGCUUCACGCUGGUCCCCCUGGGAACCUCUACAUGGAACAGGGCUUCCAGCAGCUGAACCAGGUUCUGAAGCUGCCCAGUGGAGAUGCCGCCCUGGCGCUGGCCAACAGGAACUCCCUGCUGGUGGGCAAGGCUCUGGAAGACUGGGUAGACCGCAGUGUCAGGGCCUUUUGGUUGACUGGUGACCUGUGUGCUGCUCGCUCCUCACCCUGCCCGUCUUUGGGCCUCUGCCUCAAAUCCACCUGGAGUUCCCUUUCUCCAGACCCCAAGUCUGAACUUGGGCCAGUCAAAAGUGACGGUCGUAUCCGGUAGCCCCGGGCCUGGGAAGCAGGACGGACUCAGUGGGAAUCAUCUUUGAGUUGAAGUUCAUGACUCAGGGGGCUGUCUUUAAUUGUGUUAAUGGGCCCUAGAUGGUGACGACGUUUCUUUUAAGGAUGCUGUUGUUCAGGUCGGCAGCUUUCCGGAUAGGGAGCUGAAGAAAGUGUUGACAUACUUUGCACAUAACAAUUUGGACUUUGUUUCGGUUUACUUUUCUCCCAGGUUUCUCAUUUCACUGCACAUGUAUAAAACGGUUCUUUUUAAAGACGUACAUGUCAUACGUCAUAAACAUUCAAUGGCCAUCAGGCGUCUGGUUCCUAGAUAACUGUGUGGCCAGAUAUUUACCUCCAUGCUGUUUAAUGUUUUAUGGGUCAUUUGUUUUUAGUUUUCUACACGUCAGUUGUUUAAGGAUUGUCAACCAAUGGACAGAAAAGUGCACUUUAGCGUAAAAGGGUCCGUUCUCCCUGAGUGAGAAGACUUUCGGCAAGGAAGAUCAUCAUGACCAAGCUCAUUUCACUGAACUGUAGCUGCCUUUUUUAAAACCACGGUUUAUUUGUUUAACCCUCAUUUGUGCUGGGGAGUUGCUGGACUCUGUGCCGUCAUACUGACUCAAAAAGACGAGCACUAUGAUGAACAAUGUUCUGCUCCUCUUUUAGAUUUUAACUGGUAAAUUUCGACCUGGUCUUUUCAAUUUUAGUCUAAUUUAAGGUACAGAAAUGGACUCUAGGUUUUCAACAGGCAAUCUGUUUCUUCCCCUCCUUUUUCUGAAUAACUUAACUAUCCAUUGUGAAACUACUAGAAGUUUAGCAUAAAGGAAGUGCCUUCCUUUGAACCAAUUAUGUGUAUGUUUGAAAUUUUGUAAUUAGGAGUAAAUCACUUCUUGAAGGAAGCAUCCAUUUCUGUACUUACAAUAAUGUCAUUUAGUUGUCAAGUUGUUACAGGUGAGAAAGCAGAAUUAGGGAAAGUUUCACGCUAUGCCUACUUAACAAUUCUUUACAAGAAUUUUGAUUUUACUUUUUCACUUUCUGAAGUGUUUUAUAUGAAAAAAUUAGUUUUCCAAAAAGCUUAGAACUGUCAUCAGAAAACAAUCAGAAGACCUGAACUACUGCAUUGAUUUCAAUCAUGUUCAGUGUAAGAGAUUUGUAUGAUUUUUCAGAAUGUGACAGUGCACCAUAUUUCUGCUUUCUUAUCAUUUCAGUCGACUAAGCAAACUGAUUUGCAUCAAUCCCCUUUAAAAAGCUGCAAGGUUGCUUCUGUGAAGCCAAAACUAUAUUAACAACUUGGUUAAAAAAAUGGAGGGUUCACAAAGACAGACACUCAGAUUAUGUUGGGUGUUAACACAUUCUUUGCUUUGUAAAGUGUGAAUUUUCUGAAUAUGGGUGAUCUCUCAUUUGACGUUCAGUCAGUGUAAACCAAUGGUCAAGCUAAUGGCUUUACCAGUGAUCUUAAGAGCUUCCCUCUCUUUUUACUGGAGUAAGGUGGUACAUUAAAAUCAGGCCUCUAGUAAACAGUCAUUUCACUCAUGUGACUAUUAAAUGUUAAACAACAUGCGAAUGGUUCUAUGUGGCCUUUCUGUUUAGUAGAAACCCAUUCGCAUCUUCAUUUUCUCUGUCAGUAAUGGUUCGGCUUUCGUUUGUAUUCCACUAGUUUUGUUCUGAUAAAUGGUUCCUUAUCUUUGCUAAUUUAAUGAAGUCUAGCUGCCUGAAGAUUGUCAUUGGAAAGGUGCCUUUUGGGUAUUGGGUAAUUGUUAUGCAACUAUUUGUAACGGCUUCUGAACAUUUUGGCAUCUUGUGACAAACAGCGGGUCAAGAUAGUAUCCAUCAUGAUUUGUGCUUAAGAUUGUAAUUUGUAAUUGCAGGGGACACCCUAAAAUGGAUACCAGUCCAACACUACCAGUCACAUACUAAAGAAAACUUUACCAUUUAACAAUAAUGUACUGCAAGAAGAAAAUGGGGUACUAGUAGACCACAGCCCAAGCAUAACACCCGCCAAAUUAAAACAGAUCAAGGCUGCUUCCCAAAAUGUCCUUAUGAUAUGCUGUUAUUAUUGUGAUAUGUUUUGGAAGGUCUGCACGGAAUUACAUUAAUUUUAAUUGAAACUAAA